AUGGCUUCCCGCAAGACUGUUAAUCGCCGUCAACGGCCACAAAGAGCUACUUCGAAUGUGUUCGCCAUGUUCGAUCAGGCUCAAAUUCAGGAGUUCAAGGAAGCAUUCAACAUGAUCGACCAGAAUCGUGAUGGUUUCAUCGAUCAAGAGGAUCUGAAGGAUAUGUUCGCUUCUCUCGGAAAGGAAGUCACGGAACAAUUCAUCGACUCUAUGAUCAAUGAGGCUCCAGGUGCUCAACCGAUUAACUUCACCAUGUUCUUGACGUUGUUCGGUGAAAAACUAACGGGUACAGACCCGGAAGAAGUCAUACGGAAUGCGUUCCAGUGCUUCGACGAAGACAAUUCGGGAAAGCUCAAUGAAGAACAUCUGCGUGAAUUACUGACGACGAUGGGAGAGAGAUAUACCGAGGAGCAAGUGGAUGAAUUGUUCAGAGAUGCUCCCAUCAAGAACGGACAGUUCGAUUAUGUUGAGUUCACUCGCAUGCUCAAGCACGGAACCAAGGAUAAGGACGAGGCCUAA